AUGUCUGGUCAUGACCACCACGACCAUGGCCAUGGCGGGCACUGUCAUGGAGAGCACGAUCACUCAAAUGAUAUCACCCCGGCCAUUCAGUCUCUUCUCUACUCCCAAAUUGACUUUGAUUCAAUCAGCACUCUGAAUGAGGCCGCAUCCGAGGCUGGAGCUGCAAUCGUCCGGAAGACCUGGGCGGAACGACUGAAUGACGAGCCCGAGCUCGAGAGCGAUGCUGAUGAGCAGCUCCUCAUGUACAUUCCGUUCACCGGUCAAGUCAAAGUACACUCUCUCCUCCUGUACACGGCUCCCACUUCCUCGGCCCCCAAGACCGUCAAGCUAUUCAAAAAUCGCGAUGACCUUGACUUUUCCAUGGCUUCGGAGCUUUCUCCAACCCAAACAAUUGAAGUCCCGCAGCCACAAGCCGGUGCCGAUGUCUUUGAGCUUCCUUUGAAUCGCGCCCACUGGAAUACCACCACAUCUAUCACCCUUUUCUUUGAAGAUAACUGGAGUGACGGAGAAGAGGAUGUCACCAAGGUAGGAUAUGUGGGGUUCAAGGGUCAGUUCAUGGCGCUGAACCGGGAACCUGUAAGCUUCCUGUACGAAGCGGCGGCUAAUCCAAAUGACCAUGUUGCUAUCCCUGGUGUCAAUGGUGUCGGAAAUCAUGUCAUGCCUGGCCAGUGA